GCACCAGAACACGUCAUACUUUUUCCCUUGUUCUUGUUAUCUAUGAAGUUUAGAGAAAGCUACCUCUCACAAUGGAAUCGUGCAAAAACACCAGUGGACUGUCAGCAGAUAUACUCAAGCAACGUCAGACGCAGUUUCACACCCGUGAGAGAAAUUGCCAGCACUGAAAUCGAGGAUUGGCGCCACCCGCUCACAUCGCGUCGUGCUCGCACGCCGUUAGCGAUGGUGACCGCACCCUAUCAUACUAACAUCCAUUAUCGAGCCGAGGAACAACCGUUUCGCAAAUACGACAUCUUCGGAAUUCGGACAUGGAGUUAUCCCAUAUACAAGUAUAUCUAUGGACGGGAUCAGGACCAUCGACGACCAUAUUCUUAUAAGACAUUCAACCGAAUGUAUGCUACCACUUCACUCUACACACCACCACAACUAACACCUGAAAGUCGGCCGAUCACCACACGACGCGGGUAUUCGGGCUAUACUUAUUUGGCUAGUGAAACCAAUUACGAUAUAGCGAGUCGACCAAGAAGCCUGAAGACCAACAUGUACAAUCGAAUUCCCACUCCAUCUAACUGGUCCUAUUACGGCAGCAGUGGCCUUCGUCAUUUCAGCAGCUAUCGUCCGUACCUCUACAUACCAUCGAUGGCAACAUGGCAGCGCAACUAUUAA